AUGGUGGAAAGGGAGCGUAUACCGGACCCUACUAUGCCGUCCCCGGUAAAUUGUCCGGUACCUAUUGGAUCGGACUAUGCCGCGCCAGCUUAUCCAGGCCGGCCAGAUCUGUUUGACGACAUCGAAUGGGGACCGUUUCCUUCCGAGGAAGAUAUAAAAAAGGCGUAUAAAGUGUGGUCGAUACCGAACAGCACUCUAAAAGCAUCCCACCCCUUGACCAACGUUCCGGCUGCCUGUCUAGUACGGAAUGUAUACGAGAGCAUCUUGGCUUCUCCAAAUUUACCUAUUCUCCAAGAAAAUUGGGCUUUCAUCCCGCCCAGAGACGCCGAACGAACCGAUGGUUGGACUUACAACGAGAUUUUUGGCACUGAGCCAGAAGUACAAGAGGACUCACCGGAUGAUAGUACCUCGAGCAUACUCGUACAAGGACACAACCCUCUUACCGACACAAGAUACUGGACGAAAGCGAAACUCCAACCAGAACUACGUUCACGAGGAAUCGAUGCAAAUGGCGUCGUUGCUGUCCUACGGCAGAGGCUGUACGACGACGAACGGCAGAGGUCAGAAGCCCGCGGCCUUCAUAAAAGCGAGGGCGAAGAUAAAGGCAGCUUUUUACCUGUCCAGCCUUUACCAGAAUGGGGCCUUAAGCGAGAAUCCGAUCAUUUUUUGGUGAAGAUUACUACAAAAAGCCGGUUAUCGGCUCUGGAUAUGUACACCUGGUCAAUAUCCCUUAGCCCAUACAACCCUACGUUCUGGACCAGUCGUGCAUACCUAUAUUAUCAGAUGGGCCAUUUUGACCUAGCCAUCGGGGAUGCAUAUCGUGCUCAGCUUUUAUGCGAGAAACUUGUCAAUCCGUUGAACCGUCAUGCUCAGCCUGGCUUCUAUAUUCGUAUAUGGGACGCAAUCGAACGACAUAUACUGCAAACCCCUUCCAAUGGACGUCAAUUUUCCCCAGAAGUCAUCCUAUUACGGAAAGGGAAUGGAGUAAACAGCUUCAUUCCCUUAGUACGAAAGGCCGUCCAUCAUAUUAUUGUCCUUAGCUUGUUGGCAAUGCAGUGCUGGGAGGAUUACUCUGCUACCGAGCCGUACCUGACGACGAGACUUAUAAUGGCUGACCGUGAUAAGAUUGCAAUGACCAAACGCCAGGGGAAAUUAGCGCAAUUCAUCCAAAGUGCAGGAAAAGAAAAGAGACGCAAUUCUCGCGAAUAUUUCUUCGAGCGCCAUUAUGGCUUCAUCACAUGCCGUCAGUAUCCGUAUGAUACUUACGAUGCUGCCACGGCACUGGAAAAGAUUGCGGAUAAAUUGAACGAGGACAUGAUGAAAAAGUCACAGGCCAUGGUCUAUCGCCCUGCAAAGAUCCAGGUAGACAUAGAUGGCUUCAACUUGUCAGUAUAUGCGUAUGAAGACAUACGCAAGGGGGCGGUUAUUUAUGUGGACGAGCCAUCAAUCAGGGGUCAUCUUCAACCAUUGUUUAAGCCCUUAAAACAUUAUUGUGAAAACUGCAUGCGCCAACUUAACACAAAUGGAUCCCUAUCGCCGUCCCCUACUGGGAAAAUGGCAGUACAGGAUUCAAGCUGUACUUGCUCCAGUUCCACCCAUGCUCCUUUGUAUUGGUGCAGCGCAGAUACCCACUCAUCUGAAUCCACGGGUGGCCGUCGGAGGAUAAGCGCCGAAACUGACGAUGGCAGAAGAGGGAACCCCUCGAAGAGACAAAAGACAAGCGAUGUCCGUGUCGUAAAACAGGAACUUUCGUGCCUAGAUAUUGCGAAAUCUUUGUAUCAUAACCGUGCCUGUGGGAAGAAUUGGAACUGGCUACACAACGCAAUGCGACCGAACUAUUGGAACUCUGAAUUUGUACCACGGGAGCUGGGAUCACUAUCUCAUUCAAACGAAAAGCAUGGUACUAUAUUGAGCUUGUUGCUCCGAGAAGUGUUUGAUAUCACUCUUCUCCGGCGCAAGACCGAUAACAAGCCGAAUUUGCUGGCUCAUGAGAUUGACGAGCUGAUGCCAACUCUCUUGUGGCCUGCCACAGGCAAGAACCUACCUUUCUCGUUUGCGGCGAAUAUACAGGUUCCUUUUGACAUCCUGUCGUGCCUGGGAGUGAAUAUCUUCCGCGAUCUUUCAUUCGACACUUGGGUAAUCCAACUAGUCCUUCGGAAGUUGUUGAUGUCUGCUAUCCCAUGGCACGCUCUAGACGAGGGAAGGUCUGAGGACAUUCCUGAAUCUCAGCUGGAGAUCAUCAAACGUACAAGGGAAAUUUCUAAGCUUACUCCACAGGAGUCCGACUUAAUUAUACCAACAUUCCCCAACCUUUACGUCUUUCCUGCAGUCUCAGUGUUCAAACAUGCGUGCCCCCCUUAUCAUAACGUGGAUUGGAAUUGGGAUACGGAAAUUCCCAACCGCCUUAUUUUACACGCCAACAGGUUUAUAAGGCACGGCGAAGAGCUAGUCAUACGUUACACCAAAGCCCCCUUACCAAAAAAUACAGCUGUUCGACUUUUUGGUACAAUAUGUAAUUGUCCUGGUUGUGGCGAAGAGCAUUCGAGAUCUCCGGAGACACCUGAUUAUUUCGGGUUUGGAACCAGCGAUGAGUCCCAGCCAGAAAGCUCUCCGGAUCCAGAGCCGCCAGCUCCUCUCCAAGGGCCUAGUACAUCUCGAUGGAGGUCACCAGAACCAAAUCAGGAUACAACAUCUGGGGACAAUGACACAUCACCUGAAUUAAGGGGGAGAAGGAACGGUGGUAACCUAGAUGGAGGCGCGGAUACCGACAAUCAAGAACAGGACGAACUCGAGGAUUAUAAGAGUAGCUCCCAGGAAGAAUCAGCUCUGCAGUCAAAUGUGAAUACCUACCAGGGGCGCACUCCCUUUGACUACAACCAGGCUCGUGAGAGCCAGCUGAGAAAUCAAACUUCUGAUGAUGACUAUCAACUGGCAGCACAACUCGUUCUUGAAACCAUACCAGACAACCCUCAGCCAGAGUCUAGAGAAGGCCAGCACAGUCAGCUACGGGAGGAAUCCCAUAAAUCAUUCAGUUCUACAGCAGCUCGGAAUUCCAUGCCACCCCCACCUCAAGGUUUGGAUCCUAGGCCCAGCCUCCUGAACCCAAGCCACGCAGGGUCCUCACAAGCCCCAUCACGCCGUCGUGGCGGGGCCACAGUGAGGCACAAGGGGGUUAUCAUGUCUUCUUAUGAGUACAAUCAACUUAUCGAGAGAGAGAAGCAACAAGCUGAGCAGGGACGUAAUCAACAAAAGGACAGGGCCGGAGACAAUUCGUAG